ACUACAAAACAAACCAACAAGACUUGGUGUUGACUUAUGACGUCAUAUACAGAUUGACCCUGGACCCUGUAAACUGGAUUAUAUUUCAGAGCAUACCCAUCAGCAAACGUUUAGUGUCAGUUCUGUGGAUAAAAAGUCUUCUACUUGCGAUUAUUAAAAGUGAAACAAAUUCACCAAAUUCAUGAAUCUUGAUGACACAGAAGGAAGUAUAAAUCAAUAACUAGGAUGAUAUUAUUUUAUUCUACUCAAGUACAUGGAACACGUAGUAAACUAAAAGACUUCUUUUUCAAGUUAAAGGGAUCUUUAAUCCCUUUUUUAUCUCUUUGCCCAGAAGAUUUCUGAAAAAGUUACGACACUGAAAAUAGACAUUUUUUUGAUAACUUUUUUCAACUAUCAUAUGGUCCACUGGGAAUUGUCAUAUAGAUAAAUACAAAACUCUUGCUACGUGGGCUAUCACAAGCCUUUCAAAUAUCACGCAUGCGCAGUGACAAAAUUAAAAUGGCGGAUAUCAAGUGAGAGGUGUGUUGUCAUGUUCUAAAGAAAAUUUUCAAACAAAAUUAAUUAAACUUUCAAAGAAUUAAUUAUGCUUUAUUAUUGUUACAUAUUGUUCUAGAUUCAUUUAAAUAGUUACAUAUUUAUUUUAAUUUAAAAAAAUAACAAUGGAUGAAAGUAAUGUAGAACUUAAAAAUAAUACUAAAAAUAUUGAAGGAUUUUCAAGUAUCCAGAAAAAUAGUAAGUUUGGCCAAUCAACAGCUCCAAUGUCACUGCCCUGUCCUGGACGUACUCAAGGUGAUGGAAUGGAAAACGUAUCCACAGAUAAAGUAGAAACGAAGAAAACUCACUUACGUGACACACUUAUCUAUCAUCCAACAAAUCUUAAUCAAUCAUCAUACACUCCUGCAGUGACUCCAACAGGAACAAUUGUUAAGCUUAUUCCAACGCAUGUAACCCAAAGGAAGAAAGAAAAAAUUUUACAUAGUUUAAAAUCUAAGGAACCUAAAUUUGUUCCUUAUGAACCUUAUAAAGCAUCAGUAAAUCCGAUAAUUCCUUUUGAAAAGAAGCAUAAAAGUUCGAGAAAUAAUUUAGAUAUUAAUGAAAUGGUUGCUCAAAUGGCGAUUCAUAAAUCAAUUGAAAUGGAAAAAGAUGAGGCUAAAAGAAUAGCAGAGUCUCAAAAAGACAAUAAAAAUAAAGAACUUAAAGACUGGGAGAUAGAAAAAAAAUCUUACGAACAAGAAAUCCAAAAUCUAAAAGAAGAAAAUAGCCAACUAGAGAACCAAUUAAAAUUUCAAGCUCAAGUAAAUGGGGAAUUGAAAAAUUUAUUAGUGGCAGCUGUUGGUGAAGAUCUUGAAACUAAAGUUCAUUUACUAACCGAGGACAAACUGCAGUUAGCAAGAGCUUUACUCAAUUCAGCUCAACAUUUAAGUACCCAUCAAGAACAAACUGAAUGGCUGGCUGGCCAGUGCGAAGUUUGGAGAAGUAAAUUUUUAGCAAGUAGUUUGAUGGUUGAAGAGUUGGCAAAGUGGAAAGCUGCAUUGAGCCAAAGAACAACUGAUUUGCAAGAAUCCAUUAAAAGACUGUUAGAAGAGAGGACUAAAGUUCGUGACACUUCAUUAAAAACUUACAAGACGUUAAGCAUUUUAAGAGAAAAUUUUGAUCCUGUGGGAACACUUACUUAUAAAAAACAUGAACUGCCCAGCACCAAUAUUAUUGAUUUAGCUGACGGAUGCUGUCAAUUAGCAGAAAUUCUGAAAAUUCAACUUUUAAGUGGAAUGACCCACAUGCCUAAGCAGAAAGAAAUCGUAGCUGGCUUGGAAAUGAAAACAGUUGGAGAAAAGAAUGCAGAGCAAUUGUUGAUGAACCCAAAUGUUAUGAUGUCUGGAAGACAAGAUGCUGCUUGUAGUGCCGUAAUGGGAGCUGCAUUUGCGUUAAGUGGAAAAAUGUGUCUUCCUUCAUUGAUGACUGAAUCUACUAUUGCAUGUUGUCCACAUUGCAGUGGAGAAGUGAAACAAGUAUGAUGAACAAGAUACUAUUAAAACUGUAAGUUUCACUGAAUAAAAGGCAUUUAUGUCUGCAAAUACUUUAAUUGCUGACACUCUCUGUAAUGUCAAUGUAAAGUAAUAGAAGCUACGAUGAAUUAUGACAAUAGAUAGUAACAAUUACCAAGAAACAGUAAUAAAAAAUAUUUUGAUGAAAAAUAUUUAUUUAA